CGUCUCAAAAAGGAGAAAGAAGAGAGAAGGAAAGAGAAAGAAAAGGAGGUUCUUGCACGUAGAAUAAACCAAGUGUACUCCAAGAUGUGGACCUACAACCAAACCUACCAGUACUCGGUUGUUACACCGGAAGGUACAACUGGUGUUGAAAGCGUAUGGUAUAUGAACGAUGAGGUGGGCUCGGCUGUCGUACACUCCUCGGAACCCAACUGCGUCAUGUUGCCCUUCAUCUUCUCGCGUGGCCAUGCUAGCACCAUCCCUUAUAGUGUCCUCUUCCCAAUCAAGGAUAUUGCCCAAGGCGAAAUCGUUACUCGAGACUUUAUACCGAAAGACUUGAAAGAGAAACUUGAACGUGAAGCCUACUUGGCCGCUUUCCCGGGACGAAUUGCUAACGAAGAGGAGAUCGGAAGUGAGGAUGAUUUCAUUGAAGCAUUUGAAGAAUCAACCGAAGCCACCUCCAAGCCAGUAACUUCUGCCAAGCCAAUCAACGCAGAGGCGAUACUGAAAAUGCCUACCACUCAAAAUGUUGAAAUCAAAGUCUAUACUACCGCUGACUUUGUGAAACAGAAUUUGACGUUACCGCAUAUCGUAUUCACAAAUGACAUUCAGUCGGCUGAUAUCAUAUGGGUGGUUCAGGAUUUCAGUGACUGGGAUAAACUCAAGUCUAACCAACGCAUCAGCCAAGUUCCCAACGAAUCCUGUCUAACUUAUAAGAACAACCUUGCCCAGCUUUUGUCCCAAACAUACGGCAAGGUUUCUUGGUUCCCUCAGACGUAUAACUUGAUCAACCAGCUUCCAGCGUUUGUAGGAGAUUAUUUGCAACGAUCACGUAACCUUGAAGACAAUAACCUGUGGAUCACCAAACCAUGGAACUACGCUCGAGGUAUGGACAUCGGCAUUGCAGAAUCGCUUCCGCAGGCCAUCCGACAGAGAGAGACGGCUACACCAAAGAUUGUUCAAGAGUACGUUGAUAAACCUUUGCUUUAUCACGAUCGCAAGUUUGAUUUGCGAUACAUUGUUCUUUUGCAACAAACACAACCUAUGGUUGCUUGUGUGUAUAACAUGUUCUGGAUUCGUCUUGCCAAUAAGAAAUAUGAUAUGCAUAAUCUUGACGACUAUGAGAAGCACUUUACGGUCAUGAACUACUCCAAUUACCAAAUGACUCAGAUCCACUAUCAAGAGUUCAUCAAGAAUAUAGAAAAGGAGCACAAGGGCUUGAAGUGGGCAGAGAUUCAAAAGGAUAUCAAUGUCGCUAUCAAAGAUGUCCUUAGUGCUGCAUGUAUACAGGAACAACCUCUGGGCAUGGCCAGCCCUCCUACAGCAUUCAAGCCAUUUGCGGUGUAUGGGUUUGACGUGAUGGUCACCAGUGAUCUCAAACCCAAGAUCAUAGAAGUGAACUUCUCCCCUGACUGCACGCGUGCAUGCCAGUACGACUCGGAAUUUGUAAAUAAUAUUUUCUCGGUUGUAGAUGGCCGUGUCGGCCAAAUCGUAUCAAAGACAUCGCAGAUUUUAUUGCUAUCGGACAAAAGACAAACGAUGGAAUGGAAUGGAAAGAAAAACUCACAGCUUGUGGGUAUGAUACAAUGUAUGUGUAGAGGAAUUACAAAGAAUACAAAUGCUUGACUGAAAUGGGCAUGCGUUAUUGAGAGAUAGAGAACGAGAGAGAGAGAGGGUAGGGAAAGG